CCGGCGGAGCUGCUGUGGCGGCGGCGGCUGCAGUGAGAGACGGAGUGAGCCUGGCGGCCGCGGGCAAGCCCGGAGGGAAAGGAGGAACCGGUCAUGUCUCGCUACACGAGGCCCCCCAACACCUCCCUGUUCGUCAGGAACGUCGCGGAUGCCACCAGAAAAUCUAAAGCAGUCCACAGUAGCUGGCAAGCGCCCCCCAGUUUGAACCAACCUGUUAGCUAGAAUCCGAGCAUAAACCGAGCAGGCGAGACAAAAGGCACCUAAAGUUCAAGCAUCAAGGAGUAAAGAGGGAGGGUGGACACAGAUAUAAAGACCUGGAAGAGGGGAAGUCUUUAUCAAGCAAAAGACAAAGCCAACACCAGGUUGAGACUUCGGCUUUCCUACAUUUACUCAGAGUUCCAGAGUCAAAGCCAAGUCUGAUUUUGUUGGUUCUGCGUCUCUUGUAAAGUCCAUCUUGCAAGCCUUAAAGAGUAAAGGUCAAGGUUCAAGAUCAAGUGACAUUGAGUGUCCUUAACAGCUAGUCAUAUUUGAAGAUGUCCGCGAUGCUGAAGACGCUCUUUAUAACCUCAAUAGAAAGUGGGUAUGUGGCCGUCAAAUUGAAAUACAGUUUGCACAAGGUGAUCGCAAAACACCAGGCCAAAUGAAAUCAAAAGAACGUCACCCUUGCUCUCCAAGCGAUCAUAGGAGAUCAAGAAGCCCCAGCCAAAGGAGAACUCGAAGUAGAAGUUCUUCUUGGGGAAGAAAUAGAAGGCGAUCUGAUAGCCUUAAAGAGUCUCGACACAGGCGAUUUUCCUAUAGCCAGUCUAAAUCUCGCUCCAAAUCACUACCAAGGCGAUCUACCUCAGCAAGGCAGUCAAGAACUCCAAGAAGGAAUUCUGGUUCUAGAGGACGGUCAAGGUCCAAGUCCUUACAAAAAAGGUCCAAGUCAAUAGGAAAAUCACAAUCAAGUUCACCUCAAAAGCAGACUAGCUCAGGAACAAAAUCAAGAUCACAUGGAAGACAUUCUGACUCCAUAGCAAGAUCCCCAUGUAAAUCUCCCAAAGGGUAUACCAAUUCUGAAACUAAAGCACAAACAGCAAAACACUCUCAUUUUCGAUCAUAUUCCAGAUCUCGGAGUUAUCGUCACAAAAACAGUUGGUGAACAACAGAAGAACCCUAGGUGGUCUUUAAUAUAAGUUAUUAAACUUCUCAUUAUGUUAAAUAAAAAUUCUUCAAGGCUUACAGAAAACGUGAGUUGAUGUUAGUUACUUUGGGCAUGUGCAAGAAAUAAAAUCUCUCUAGCUUUGGGUUAAUAAAGAUUUCAUCUCAAUUUAAGGGCCCACACCACAAAUUAUGAUGUGUCUAAUGUCACCAUUUUAUGGACCAUUUUGUGUUUACAUUGUGACAGAAGGUACUUUUCAAAGGAAAUAGGUAAAAUGGAACUAAUUUAGAAAAUUCUACUUGGAUAUUAAAUAUAGCAGUUCUUCCCUUAACCGUGGGGAUACGUUCCAAGACCUCCAGUGGAUACCUGAAACCUCAGAUUGUACCAAACUCUAUAUUGUUUUUUUCCUAUACAUACAUACCUUAUGAUAACAUUUAAUUUAUAAAUUAGGAACAGGAAGAGAUUAACAACAACAAUAAUAGAAUAUUUAUAACAAUAUACUGUAAUAAAA